GCACCGUUUUCAUUGAGCUUGAACACGGUGGGAAUCUUUCCAAGAUUCACUUCACACCGCAUCAUACCAAGUUUAUAUAACGCGUUUGAGCGUUCAAUUUCGUUCACAUUCAAUAUUUAGAAAUUAUUGAGGUUGAGGCACCAUGUCGUCAGAAAACAAAGGUGGGGCUGGAGGUGGAGGAGGCGAUCAAAAGGAGCGGAAGAGAAAGGAGUCGAUCGUUGACUUGGCGAAAUAUUUGGAGAAGAACGUGCGAGUCAAGUUCGCCGGGGGGAGAGAAGCCGCCGGAGUGCUGAAGGGUUUCGACCCCCUGCUCAACCUCGUGCUAGACGACACCGUGGAAUUCCUUAGGGAUCCGGACGACCCCAUGAAAUUAACCGAGGACAGGAGAUCUUUAGGCUUGGUGGUGUGCCGUGGGACUUCUGUCGUCCUAAUAUGUCCUUCCGAAGGGAUGGAACAAAUAACAAAUCCUUUUGUACAAGAAAACGCUUAAGGGAAACUUAUCGUACAUCUCUUUAAUGUGACUACCCCUUGUUUAUUUAUACCCGUAUUUUAGUACGUAAAGUAUAAUAAUUAACUUACACAGAAUUUCUUGUUUUCUAUUUCCCAUUUAUCCUUAAAUGAAUAAAUGGGUGAUCAUAACAUAGUGAUAAUGAUUGAUGAUGACCUAUUAAGAUAUAGGUAGUAAGAAACUGAAGUGAUGAUGGUAUGAGUUACAUGAUUUUUGUUAAUCUACAUUUACUUAUAAACAGUGGAGAUGCUUGUAAUAAUAAAUUCAGAGUUUAUAUGAUACA